CUACACCCUUGCCUAAUGGAGAACCAUCCAUCCUGGCUGAUCGUCGCAACCCAGACCUCUGGCACGAGGGAUUCCCGUGUCAAGUCACUGAUAGAAUCCAUUGAGUGUGCAACUCGACAGACCCGUGCAGGAUCUCGAAGUUCUUCUACAUCUAGUUGUGCAGCUCAAGUAGUGAAAGCAACAACAAUAAUAACAAUAACAACAAGACUCCAGGACCCCUUCUCAAGAGAGCUGAUACAGAGGGUGUCAUCCGUGGUAGUUCCACCUUCACCACUUAAAGAUGCUGGUAACACACUUGGCACAUCAACAUUGUCAACUCCCUUGAGAGCCAUUCAGCGCAAUUCCUUCACUGAAGGAGUAACCCAGUCACCAUUCUUACAAAGCAACUUCACCAAGCCCUCCACUGGCUCAUCAAAUCUCUCAGAUAAUGUCAAAAUGUCACAGCUGACAGACAAAAACAAUGGGAAAAAUAUCAUCUAUGAAUCCUGGAGAAAAUGUAGCCAAACCGAUCUCCAUAUUAAGCAACAAGCUUGACCACUCUGUAAGACGUAACAGCUAUGGUCAGAUAAGUGCUGUCGUAGACAAGAAGGAUCCUUUGGCUUCUUUGGCUCAAGGUGGCGGGUCCAAGAGGAAUGCGUUGCUCAAGUGGUGUCAGAACAAGACCAUAGGUUACAGCAAUGUGACAUUACAAACUUCA